CAGUUUCCUUAGUUACGCGAAAAAAUGGCAGCGGCCAGUUUGGGGCUUCUUUGCAGGAGAGUCUCGGCUGCGUUAAAGUCUUUCAGGUGCUCAUUGAUUCCUGAGGCCGCUGCUAGCCCAGGUUGCAGGUUUUCACUUAGUUUGUUGCCUAGGAAUACACAAAAUGCCACAUCCUUUAACCAGUGUAGAUCACUUCAUACCACAUUGUCAAGAAAAGGACUGGAAGAAUUUUUUGAUGACCCAAAGAACUGGGGGGAAGAAAAAGUGAAAUCUGGUGCUCCGUGGACUUGUCAGCAGUUAAGGAACAAAAGCAAUGAAGAUUUACAUAAACUUUGGUAUGUCCUUCUGAAAGAAAGAAACAUGCUGCUGACUCUAGAGCAGGAGGCCAAGCGGCAGAGAUUGCCAAUGCCAAGUCCCGAGCGGUUAGAAAAGGUCGUGGAGUCCAUGGAUGCUUUAGAUAAAGUAGUCCAGGAAAGAGAAGAUGCCCUAAGGCUUCUUCAGACUGGUCAAGAAAAAGCUCGACCUGGUGCCUGGAGAAGAGACAUCUUUGGAAGAAUCAUCUGGCACAAGUUCAAGCAGUGGCCUAUACCAUGGUACCUAAACAAAAGAUACAAUAGGAAACGCUUCUUUGCAAUGCCUUAUGUGGACCGUUUUGUCAGAUUGAGACUUGAGAAACAAAUUCGCAUCGCAGUAAGGAAGAAAAAUUUAGAGAAAAAGAAUGUAAAAUUUCUUCAGAAAAAGUUCCCACACUCUGAAGUCCAGAAGUCAAGUCUUAUCUAAGAUGUGAACUCUUGAUUUGCCAUUUUAUUUUUCUUGCGUUAACAGUGUAUAAAGAAUUAAAACUAUGUUUAAGUUCAUAAAUAAACUGUUUUCAGUCAAGUAAA